AUGACGGAUCACGAGUAUGUUCUUUGCAUGUGGAAGAAGCGUUUAUGGCCAGCAAAGGUUUUGUGCAAAACUGGAGUGGCUGGGAAAACAUCUGUUACUGGUGCAAAGGAGACUUCUUUUAAAGUUGAAAUACUUGGCUUGAAAGAACAGGUUCGUGUGAGCUGUGCAGAUGCUGUGCCACUGAAGGAAGAAUGUAUAGAGAACAUCGCCUCUAACUUAGAUCAAGGGAGUAAUUCGAGCGAGGCUGUGGAAGAACUGAAAUAUCGCCGUUCUCUUAAAAUUGCCCUGGAUAUUUUGAAUCAAAAUGUCUCACCCAGAGAGGUACCACCUGCAGAAGGACCAAAUACUCAGCUAGCACAGAACAAUGCAGGAUCUCUCUCAUCUCCCCCCUUACGCAGAUGUCGAUCGCUCCGUAAAGAAAAGUUGGAGCCUGAGACUUCUAAGAAGAAAAUAGAACAAAAAAAUAACCCCAGCCUGAAGACCGAUACAAAAAACCAAAACCAGAAAGCUUCCUCCAUUUCGGAGGAGAGCGCUAAAGCACGUGAAAGUGGAACAAGCCCUUCCAAAUGCGGCACUGCGGACUUGUAUAAUACAUCAAACUCGGAUAGUCAAAAUUGCGAAAUACCAGAAUCAAAAUCACUACCAAGGCAGAAAAAAAUCAAGCCCGGAUUGCUGACAGAGAAUGAUUCCCCCAAGGAUCAAGUGCAGCCCCCUGCUGAGGAAGGGUCUCCUCCCUCUGCCCCCCGCAUGUCUGACGCAGCGGUACCUGGCAGAAGGGCAAACACCAGGAGCCAACCUAGAAGGACGUUACUGGGUUCCUCUUGCAAAAGUGCCUCGGAUGACUUGGAAAAAAGCAUCAGCAGUGAGAGCGAAAGUCUAGCGAAGCAAUUAGGUGGAAGAAAAAAGCCAGAGAGUUUAAAACGGAUUAAUGGAGAAGAAGGGAUGGGUGCAACCGUGUCCUCGUACAGAAAAAGGAAAUGCAGGAAUUGCCCUGAAUCUUCGUCUGGGCCUUCUGACCAUGGGACGCUUUCUGAUAGCUUCCCCUCUCAGCGUGAAGAGGAAGAAAACAAGAAUGCUUCACAAGCGGUUCUGAAUAAAGUAAAGCAGUUUCAGCUGCCUGACUUUGAGGAAGAUGAAGGGCUGGAACCGUCUGACCUGUCUUCAAAGAUAGUUUCCUCAGAGAGUCUCUCUCGCCUCUCAGCUCUGGUAGAUGAAGAGGAGGAGGAUGAAGAACUUCCUAGUAUUUUAUCACAUCAAGAACCACAAUCAAUUGAAGAAGGGAUUUUGGUCUGGUGCAAAUUGCGAAGGUAUCCUUAUUGGCCAGCAGUGGUAAAAAAUGUGAAGCGGAAGCACAGGAAGGCGUGUGUGCUGUUAAUCGAAGGGAACACAAAUGAUAAGAAAAAAGGUUUCUCAGUACCUCUUAAGAACCUGAAGCACUUUGAUUGUGAAGAAAAGCAGGACCUCAUAGAACGAGCCAAAGAAGAUUAUCGCCAAGAAAUUGAGUGGUGCAUUCGAUUGAUUUCUGACUAUCGAAUCAGAGUAGGUUGUCAUUCUUUUACGGGAUCCUUCUUGGAAUAUUUUGCUGCCGAUAUCAGCUACCCAGUUAGAAAGGAAGGCUAUCAAGGUUCAGUCCAAAUGACCUUUCCCAAUGCGGCGGAGGAAGAUGUCGAAGAGUCUUCAUCAGAAACUUCACCUCAGAAGCCCUGCAAGAAACUUCUCCCUGACAGAACGAGAGCCGCUAGAGACAGAGCGAAUAAGAAGAUAGUGGAGUUUAUAGUGAAGACGAAGGGGGCUGAAGAGCAUCUCUUGGCUAUCUUGAAAAGCAGAAAACAGUCCCGCUGGCUGAAGGAGUUCCUGAAUUCAAGUCAGUACGUGACCUGCGUUGAAACGUAUUUAGAGGAUGAAGAGCAAUUAGACCUUGUAGUCAACUACCUGAAGGAAGUGUACCGUGAGAUAGACACUAAAAACCUGCAGCAAAUAAACGGAGAUGGAAUCAAAUUUAUUUCAGAUGUCCUUCUGCCUGAAGCCAUCAUUUAUGCGAUUUCUGCUGUGGAUGACAUAGAUUACAAGAAGGCAGAGGAGAAAUACAUAAAAGGACCAUCUGUGAGCAAAAGGGAGAGAGAAAUAUUUGAUGAAGAAAUUCUAGAAAGAAAAAGGUGGAAGAGCAAACUGCCAUCUGCAGACAGCGUCUGA